AUGGUUGUCCAUGGAACUGCUAUCAAACAUGGUGCUUGUGCUGCUCGAAAUGGCCAUUUGGAAGUCUUGAAGUGGGCUCGUGAAAAUGAUUGUCCAUGGAAUAAGAGCACAUGUCAACUUGCUGCUCAAAAAGGACAUUUGGAAUUUCUCAAGUGGGCGCAUGAAAAUGGUUGUCCAUGGGAUGAAGAGACAUAUCAAGCUGCCUGCAUGAAUGAUGAAAGGGAAGUGAUCCAGUGGCUAGUCGACAAUGGCUGCCCUGGGUCUCGUGGCGAAGGACUCUAA